GAAUAUGAUUGGUCAUGGCCUGGCAGUCUUGAAGCCUUCACUUGGACGUGGUGGCAGUGCCGUGGUCGCCUGGAACAGCCCGCCAGAGACUGUUGUGCUGGAAUGUGCUGUGAGGACGCCCACCUGUGUUAGUAGAGCCCCCAGCAGCCGCCACCACCGCCACCGCCCUUCAGCGCCGCCCCCAGCAGCCAGGCAGCAGUCAUGCCAGUCGCGGCGCGUUCGUGAGGGAGCCACACAAUCCCUGGAGUAAUCUGGUGACGGCGGCGCGGCAGCCAUCUUGAGUUGUGACAGAAGGAAGGCUCGCCUGGCACUGUGAUGGCUGGGCGUGAGUGAGGCCCGCAGGCCCCUAGGCAAGCCCCCAGGCACACAGACGACAGUGUUGUUACCGUUCUUGUAGUUGUUGCUGCGGCAGUGUUGUUGGCGGGCGCGGCGUGGGUGCAAAGCCGGCAAGGUGGAGACUCCGGGUAUCAUCUCGUCCCUGUCCAAAGUGUUCAGCAUGGGGACGGUGCUUUCCUUCAGCCCGCGGGAGCAGAAGCCCUACUACGGUGACUACACCCUCAACAACCACAACUACGAGGCGCUCAAUAACGUGCGCAACAAGGAGAAGGCGGCAGUCAACAAUGAGAACGCCAACAUCCUCAACGAGAGGAACGCCCUCGAGCGGAACUUCAAGAAGCACUCGCUCUUCAUCAACGCUCUCAGCUGGAAACGCUUCUCCAACACCAACAAGAAGAAACUGGACAACAAGAACAAGAACCUCACCCUGCGCCAGCCCCUGGACAACAUUCACCCCUUCAUAGACAACAACAAGAACAUCCAGAAGGCGCUCUCAUGCUACAACAUCAGGCCCAGCUCCAUGGGGCACCUCGACCUGGUUCGCGUCAACAACAACAACGCUCACACACCCACAGAGAAGCUACCCCCGAAGGCCACACUCACCUCCGCCCCUUCCACACACACCCAUGACCUCCGCGGCGCACUGGUCCCUGCCCCGAGACCACCCCCACCGCAGCAACAGCACCACCACCAUCACCACCACCACCACAAGACUCAGCACUCCCUCGGUCCCGUCCUUGCCCCGUCGCUCUCCACCACAAGCAGUAACUCUGGGGGAUGUGGCUCGGCGGCUACCACACCCACAGGCAUCAGUCCCACCAAGAAGACGGUGAUCCAGGCCUCCACCUCAGAGCUCCUCAAGUGCCUGGGGCUGUACCUGCACCGAACAUGUUCCAGACUGAGGGACUUCCAGGCUGGGGAUGCAGUGAUGUGGUUGCGUACUGUCGACCGCUCCUUGUUGCUUCAGGGCUGGCAGGACAUCGCCUUCAUCAACCCCGCCAACGUGGUGUUCGUGUACAUGCUGGUGCGGGAGCUGGUGGGCGAGGAGGAGGUGCACAGCGAGCAGGAGCUGCAGGCCGUGGUGCUCACCUGCCUCUACCUGUCCUACUCGUACAUGGGCAACGAGAUCUCGUACCCGCUCAAGCCCUUCCUGGUGGAGGAGGACAAGGACCGCUUCUGGGACCGCUGCCUCUUCAUCAUCAACACGCUCAGCGGCUCCAUGCUGCGCAUCAACGCCGAGCCCUCCUUCUUCACCGAGGUGUUCACGGAGCUUAAGGCGUGUGGCCAGCAGCAGCACCACCACCACCCCCAGCCCCCGCCGCCCCCUCAGCAGCCCCCUCCGCCCCAGCACCACCACCACCACCACCCGCCGCCGCAGACCCCCACGCAGACCCAGCCCCCGUCACUGCCCCAGCCACAGCCACAGAAACAACAACAGCAGCAGCAGCAGGUGCAGCAGCAGCAGCAGCAGCAGCAGGUCCUCAUGCCCCAGCAGGUGGUGGUGCAGCAGCAAGUGUCGCUGCCGGUGCCGCAGCAGCCACAGCAGACGGCGGCCUGAGCGCCGCGCGGAGGGUCAGCGCACACCAGUACUCAGUAGCCAGACUGCUUGUUGUUGUUGUUGUUGUUGGGGCGAGGAUCGGGGCCUGCGGGGUCGGGGUUGGGGAAGUCGCGCAAGCAGCCCCGGGCCGCCCCGCGUGUCUUCCAGACACACCCUGGCCCCGCCCCGCCCCGGGGCCGCCGCCGGCGGAGAGUUGUUACUGUUGGUGACGCGGGACCGAGGCCGCUGCGGUGCUGCUGUUACGUUUGUCACUAUAAUCGUGAUCUUUAUUGUCCCUGUUAGCUCGUUCAUUCCUCUUGGUCAUUAUCAUGCUCAUAGUUUUCAUAAGUCCUUCAUUCUCAUCGGCAGCGGUUGUGUUAGUGUUUGGUUAGCGGCCCAGCGGCCCAUGGGAGGCAGCGGCAGGCCCGGCGCCCGGCGGCCUCACUAGGUGAAGCGCCGCGGUAGCCGGAGCUGUGCCUUCGCCGGCAGGUGAGAGUGGGGGGCGUUGCCCCGCCGGGUCGGGGCCGCCUGGAAGGCGCCCCGCUUGGAGUUGGUCCCGCAAGCAUCGUGCGUGGCCCGGCGCCGCGAGGUACCGAGGACCAGUAAUCAAAGCUUGUCGAGGCGGCACGCCGCGUGCCGGCCACAACACAAUUUUGAUAGGUUGUACUUUUACACUCCCUAACGUAAGGCUGCCCAGAGCUUGGCGCGGGCGCCUCGUGCGUUGCGCUCCCAGAUAUAAUAUAUAUAUACAUGAAUAUACCCCCGAUGCGGUUGUGCUUUUGAUACCGUUGUUGGCGGCGAGGCGGCGGCCGCGCCCCCGCGCCCCCGGCCUCCGCGCCGCUCCUGGAACCAAAGACUGUCUCACCGUGAUACGCGUCCACGCGGGGCGCGGGGUGGGCGCAAAACCACACGGGCCCCCCCCCCUGAGGCAAGGUAGUGCUGUGUGCGACCAGCGGCCCAGACGCUCGGGGCGGCCACCCACCUGGCCCGCCGCGCCUCGCUGCUGUUAUGGGCGGGGGCGCCGCCCUGCAGAUUGUUUUAUCAUGAACGUGGAACACGCCCGCGCCCAUGCCCGCCGCACGCCGUGCGCCACACACACGCCCCGAGGCUUGGGACCGCCGUCGAAGUUUCAAUUGCCCCGUGCUGGCGGUGACGGCGGCGGCAACGUCGGGCCAGGGCCGAGCCCCGAGUGUCCCUCACCUUCUGUAGCACCUGACGUUUCGCUUCCCCGCCUGGCCGUCCCUGCCUCGCUCCGCUCCGCCCCGCCCCGCCACCCAUUGCUCAGCCCCGCCACGCAGGCAGCCGCGCCGCGCAGUGCAGCGCAGCGCCAAGCUGAGGCGUCAGUGUGCGUCGUGGCGCCAGACAUCGGCGGGACGGGGCAGGGCGGGGCGGUGGGGCGACCUGGCCAGGUGCCCUGUAUACCCAGCCGUGUCCGCUGCCCACGUGUCACCCGCCCCUGUCACUGUGUUGCCGCUACAGCCGGCGGGCGCGGCGCCGCGGCGCUGAUCAAUACGCGGCCGCCGGCGGCGGGGCGCGCGGGCGCCGGCGGCCGCGGGAGCGAAGUGGCCGCCGCCCGCGCCUGCAGAUAACCUGCCAAGUAUGCAAACAAUCAAUGAUUGUUUCAUUAAGAGAAUACUGUACUUAAUCUACUGUCGUAGGUCUCAUCAGUUUUCUUUGUUAGAGAAAAUGUAUUCAUACCUGUAAGACGAGACCUGCCCCUCGCCGGCAGGCUGCCAUUACUGUAAAGAUGCCAGUCAAUAAAUAAAUAACAUUUUGUUGA